AAGGAGAAAAUCAAAAUAUUGCACUUCGUGCGAAAAUUUCUGCUGAUUUUUGUUAUCAAAUUUUCCACAAAAAUCAGCCCUUUUCCAUCAGCUUCGUGCUAUAAUCUAGUUCCAAUCGGUUGUGUAGGGUAUUUCAAUUAGUGCUAGCGUAAUAAUGGUGAAAAAUUCGUUGAAAUCGAUAGCUUAACAAACUGAAUCGGUUCGUGCUCGGUGAAAGAGGGGAGAUGGUUAGCUCACUACCUGCUGGAGAAAAUUUCUAUUGCUCGUAACACAAAGGUGUGCAUAGAGAUUACGGUUCUUUCUUCGCUUUUGUCGGAGAACAAUCGACAGAAAACGAAAAAAAUCAUGUUGGAACCCACAACCGAUUCCCAGCAGCAGCAGCAGGAGGAGAUGGACAAAAACCUGGGCAAUGAGGUUCCGGCGAAAACGACUGCUGGCAGCGAUGGCGGUACGACCGAAGCGAACCAGAUUCGUGAGUUGCAGCAGGAGUUGAAGCGGAUACGAGAUGAGUUCAACCAGCAGCGGGCCAAGAUGAAGGAAUUGUACCUGGCGAAGGAGGCGGAAUGCAAGCGCUUUACCAAGGAGACGUCCGUCGCUCGCAAGGAACUGGAGGAAGCCAAGUCGCAAAUCAUGGUAAUGGACUACAAUCGCGAGAAGGAUUUGGAGGAGCAGAACCGACGAGCGCAGGAGGAAAUCCUGACGUUGCAGCAAUUGGUUCAGGAAACGGUGGACGAGUCAACGAUCAGCCAGGAGGAGAUGCGUCGCCUGGCGGAGGAGAACGAACGGCUUAGGACCGACCAGCAGGAUCUGCGGGAAGCCCUCGCUGCUGCGCAGCAGGAUUCCCCGAGCUUGGCACCGGUUCUCAAUCAGGCGAAGAAGAUCAUUCGCAAGCUCGGUGCUGCCGACUCGAACAGUCACGAUAAUCUGGAGGAUUCCAUGCGGAAGGUAAACAAAUAUGCUCAGGAGGAUGCGGAGGUGCUCCGUUCAUUGGUCGUCCCGCUGGAGGAGGAGAUUAAAACGCUGAAGGAGAAACUGCGCGAUGCUUACGAAGAGCUGGAGAAGCACCGAGGGGAAGAGGCAAGAAAACCUCCGGAAUCAGCUCUGGUUGGAAUGCUGAAGGAAGCAACGCAGAAGGAUCCAACUCCAACGCCGGUGGUAGCGAGCAAUCCGCCAGAACAGGUCAACCCCGACGUGGUGGCACCAUGUGCGAUGUGUCCAAACUAUGAGACUAAAUUGAUCCAGUGCCAGGAACAGUUCAACGGUGAAAAGCAGAAGGUCCAACAGCUGGAGAAGAGUGUCGAGCGGAUGAAGGAAGAACUGGCCAAGGAAGGUGCUAUGCGAGCGGACUUGGAAGCUCAGUGGCAGCUGAAACGAGAAGACCACAAAGCCGAGGUGCAGCAUCUGAACGAGCAAACGGUGAAGGCUGAACAGGAACUGGGCGCGCUGAGGAAAGAUUACGCUCAACUCAAGCAGACCGUGAACGAUGAGCUUCAGAAGCUGACGGAAGAACGAGAACAGGUCUAUCGCCACCUGGACGUCCUGCAGAAGGACAACGAGUUUCUCUCGGGAAAGUAUCUGGAGAACUCGGAAAUGCUCAAGGAUCAGGAAAUCAACCUUCCGCAGAAUAUAGAUGAACUGCAUGAACUGGUCCUGACCUUGCACGAGAAUCUAAUCGUAACGAAAGCGGGUUGUGAAUUUGCCGAACGGAAAACCCUCAGCAUGCAGGACGAAGUCACUCUACUGCGUGAUCAGCAGCACACCCGGGAACGGGAGGUUCGCCGUGCCGAGCGGGACUAUUCCAACAAAGUCGGCCAACUGGAGGAACAACUGCGCCAGCAGUACCAACACUAUCAGCGAUUGGCCGCCCACAAGGAAGAACUUGAGCGAGCCGACGCCGAAAGCAAACGCCAAAUGUCCGAUCUCCGGAUGCAAACCAUCGGACUGCAGGCCACCAAUGAGAAGCUAGACAAACAGAACAUGGACCUCAAGAACAAGAUGAGCGUCCUGCAGGAGGAUCUCGCCAACAACGAGGCCGUCCAGAAGGACUUUGUCAAGCUGUCUCAAUCGCUGCAGAUGCAGUUGGAGAAGAUCCGCUCGGCCGACACGCAGGUCCGCUGGCAGGACGAGGACGACAUCGAUCAGUGUCCCAACUGUCGGAAGGAGUUUACGGUGACCCGACGGAAGCAGCACUGCCGUCACUGCGGUACCAUCUACUGUCAGCCGUGUCUGACCAAGACGGUUCCCACCGGACCGAAUCGGCGGCAGGCGCGGGUUUGCGACGUGUGUCACACGCUGCUGGUACAGGACACGGCACCCUACUUCAGCCGGGAACCACCGCAAUCGCCGUGAGCAGCUCCUAGUUAGUGUUCUUCUUCUAUGUGUAUAAUUGGUUAGCGUCGUUUUGCUGCCGGGGUUUAGGCGGCCCGAAUCGGGUUAGUGCUGUAGAAAUUAUGUUUUUUUUUUUGUCAGGAAAUUCAGGGGGAACGGGGAACCGGCCGAAUCCAAAGCUAGGUACUCGAGAGAGAGAAAGAGAUAGGAAGGCAAAGCAUGUUUUAUUAUUCCUUCAAAUUUUAGUGUACAUUUAAACCCUUCGCUUUGUCGUAUACAGAAACA